AAAGUAUUCAACCGCCAGAAGAACAGCCAACUAUAAAUACCACACGAAAGAACGGUUUUUUAUUCUUUACAAAAUCUUGUUCUCCUCCUUUGUUCAAUUCUUUUUUGCUUCUUUUAUCACCAAGUAAUCAUGUCUUCCACCCUCAUUCUCCAGAAGCAGAAAGUGCAAGUUUAUAUUGAAGAUCGAGGGUCUGUGAUAAUUGACAAUGAUGAAGACAAAAUUUUGGAUGCUGAUGCUGAAAACUGUGAGGCUCAUUCGGGUUAUAAUAAUAAUAUUAAUGACAGUUUCGAGGAUUUUACUCGCAAUGGAAUGGUCAAGAUUGGAGAAGGAAGCGCUGAGCAUGACUUAAUCAAGAAGACAUUGCUUGAGGGUCUUGGAACACAUGCAAAGGACACUAGGAUUGUUGCCAUACACAAAAACUCAGUGUCUGGUUCAGCAGGGAAAGCUCGGUGGCUUACUUUCAGGAUUUUUUCACAGGCGGUGGCUGAAAGGCGCUCUGGGAAUGCUAAUCUGCGGUUUGCUUGGUUUGGUGCUUCCAGAGAGGAGAUUUGUCAAGUCAUUUCCCAUGGAUUUAGUCAGUGCGGUGAAACUUCUAAUGGUCAAUCGCAUGGUGUUGGCAUUUCUCUUUCUCCUGCAAAAUUUUCCAUUGAUAGUGUGGCAUCAUCGGCUGUUGAUGAAAAUGGUCUAAGGCAUAUAUUGUUAUGCCGCGUAGUACUGGGAAAGAUGGAAAUGAUUCCUGCAGGUUCCAAGCAAUUUCAACCGAGUUCAACAGAUUUCGAUUCUGGUGUUGACGAUAUUGUAGAACCUAGAAGAUUCAUUGUGUGGAGUGCUUUCAUGAAUUCUCACAUCUUCCCUAGUUAUGUCAUCAGUAUUAAGGCCCCCUCCUUCAAUUGUUUGAAGAGAAAUCAAGUGAGGCUCUCCAGAAGACCCACCUCACCAUGGAUGAGCUUUCCCGCUUUGUUGUCUAUAUUGUCUAAGUUUUUAGAUCCUUCUCAGAUGGCUUUGAUUUUCAAAUCUCAUGAUGACUUUAAAAAAAACAAAAUUACAAGACUGCAACUAAUCCGAAGGGUGAGGCAGAUGACUGGAGACAAGCUCUUGAUUGAUAUAAUUAAAUCUUGUAAAGAAAAGCUUGUGAUCAGAACAUCUAGCAGGGGCACCAAAUAUUGACAUUCUUACAAUCUGCAGCCAGCUUUUGUAGCAGCAUCUAGAAGCAGCAGCAACAACUAAAACAAGAAGAAAUGUGAUAUAGCUGACGGUGAUAGCAUUCUUUUAGAAUGUUAGAUGUUACAGCUAAGCUUUUUCCAUAGUUUCAAACUUAAACCAGAAACUAAAAGCAGUUGUAAAUCCCUUUUCCAGCAAUUAUGUCAAUUUACAAGAUUGUUUACUUGGACUUUAUUCCAAUUAUCAAUUUACAAGAUCAUUUGAUUGGAUUUUGGUUCA